CGAGGCUAGCAAAGGAGAUCCAAGCUGCCCCGCGACAGUCGCCCUAGCCGGAGCUAGCUACACUUGGGAAGGGGCCUCUUUCUACCUCGCUCCUCCCACUUUGGCCCUGGGAGACGCUAAGGACUCUCUUCUAGGGGGUCCUUAGCCCCUCCCCAGACCUAAAUACACCCCUUGGACAAUGGAUUUCACUCUUUGAACCGCGACCACCAGGGUGGUUACAAAAGUGGUCCCAUCCUGUCUGAUUCCUGGCCAGGUCGGUUGCCAUGGUAACCCUUGCUAACCUGGAGCACCCCUCCUCAGCCUCCACCUUUGUGUUUGUGGAGCUCCAAACCUCUUCUGUCUCUGCACCAGGAGGUGGUUGCUAAGGCAACCUAAGUCCCUGGUGGUCCUUCUGCGCCUACCCCCAUCAGUUACUAUGGCAACCCCUCUCACCUAGCUGCUCAGGUAGCAAAGACCCCAGCUCCACGGACAUUAAUUUCUAAGAAAAACAUCUGUUCCCCAAAGUCCUCCCCAGUAGCUACCCUGUUGGCACAUUACCAUGGUAACCAUCUCCCGUCCCAUGUGGGAGGUCCAUGGACCAAACCAACCAGAUGUUUUUAUUUAGAGAAGAUGCUCUGCUGCUAGGCUGUUGCUAUGGUUACAGGGCCUGGACCAUCCCCAGGGAGAUGAGGAGCUGACAAAGCUAAUCCCUAGUUACUAUUAUAACAGGACAGCCCCACCCCUUUCCAAUAACUCUUGGAACUAGCCUACCAAGGUAAGGGAGUUUUAGAGUUGACUCUGGGGUGGAGUGUGCCUAGGAAAGGAAUUGUCACUUCUAGUCCUACCUCUUCGGGACACAUUCAUGAGAGAGGGAUGGUUACAGGUUACUAUGAUAACUGACAUCCCGCCCUCCUGCUCCCGUCCCCACCCCCGUACUCCUGAGACACCCUAGGUGGUACCCAAGCUUAUGGGUCAGGAUUCCGUGAUCUUGUAGAGGUCAAUUCUGUGGGGAAGGUAAAAUUGUGCUGUUUUAUGCAGAAUUGGCUCAUUUGGGAUUUUCUGGUUCUCCUUUUCUCAGCAGAGCUGCUGAGCUGGGCUGGAACCACCCUCCUGGAACUCCCCCAGCCUGCCACCUAGGAGGAUGCCCUGGACACCCAGCUAGGGCCUGAAGUCGGCCCCAUGCGGCUCACUCGCUGCCAGGCUGUCCUGGCAGCAGCCAUCACCCUAAACCUCCUGGUCCUCUUCUAUGUCUCCUGGCUGCAGCACCAGCCCAGGAACUCCCGGGCUCGGAGUCCCCGCCGAGUAUCUGCCACCGGUCACCGUGUCACCGUGCUGGUGCGGGAGUUUGAGGCCUUUGACAAUGCUGUGCCUGAGUUGGUGGACUCCAUUCUCCAGCAGGAUCGCCAGCCCGUGGUGGUGGCGGCUGACACCCUCCCCUAUCCGCCUCUGGCCCUCCCCCGCAUCCCCAAUGUUCACUUGGCGCUGCUCCAGCCCGCCCUCGACCGGCCCGCGGCGGCCUCGCGCCCGGAGACCUACGUGGCCACCGAGUUCGUGGCUCUGGUGCCUGACGGAGCGCGAGCCGAAGCACCGGGCCAGCUGGAGCGCAUGGCUGAGGCUCUACGGACAGGAAGCGCACGCCUGGUGGCCGCUCCGGUCGCCACCGCCAACCCUGCCCGGUGCCUAGCCCUGAACGUCAGCCUGCGGGAGUGGACUGCGCGCUAUGGCCCGGCAUCGGCUGCGCCCCGCUGCGACGCCCUGGACGGGGACGCGGUGGUGCUCCUGCGCGCCCGAGACCUCUUCAACCUCUCGGCGCCCCUGGCCCGGCCAGUGGGCACCAGCCUCUUCCUGCAGACCGCCCUCCGCGGCUGGGCGGUGCAGCUGCUGGACUUGACCUUCGCCGCUGCGCGCCAGCCCCCGCUGGCCACGGCGCACGCGCGCUGGAAGGCGGAGCGCGAGGGGCGCGCGCGGCGGACGGCGUUGCUGCGCGCGCUGGGAAUCCGCCUGGUGAGCUGGGAGGGCGGGCGGCUCGAGUGGUUUGGCUGCAGCAAGGAGAGCGCGCGCUGCUUCGGGACGGUGGCGGGCGACACGCCGUCCUACCUCUACGAGGGGCGCUGGACGCCCCCGUGCUGCCUGCGCGCGCUGCGCGACACCGCGCGCUACGUCGUGGGCGUGCUGGAGGCCGCGGGCGUGCGCUACUGGCUGGAGGGCGGCUCACUGCUGGGGGCCGCCCGCCACGGCGACAUCAUCCCGUGGGACUACGACGUGGACCUGGGCAUCUACUUGGAGGACGUGGGCAACUGCGAGCAGCUGCGGGGGGCCGAGGCCGGCUCGGUGGUGGACGAGCGCGGCUUUGUGUGGGAGAAGGCCGUCGAGGGCGACUUCUUCCGCGUGCAGUACAGCGAGAGCAACCACCUGCACGUGGACCUGUGGCCCUUCUACCCCCGCAAUGGGGUCAUGACCAAGGACACGUGGCUGGACCACCGGCAGGACGUCGAGUUCCCCGAGCACUUCCUGCAGCCUCUGGUGCCCCUGCCCUUCGCCGGCUUCGUGGCGCGCCCGAACAACUACCGCCGCUUCCUGGAGCUCAAGUUCGGCCCCGGGGUCAUCGAGAACCCCGAGUACCCCAACCCUGCGCUGCUGAGUUUGUCGGGCAGCUGAAGCCCGGACGUCCGCACCCGGGGUCGGAGGGACAUUGGGGCACCGGGAGCCGCCCUUUGUCUUUUGGGGUCUGUCUGGAUGUGAUGUGAAAAAGCUUUGAUUGGGCAGUGGGGGGCGCGCUGGAAAGAAGAGGGGUGACCUGACCAAGCAAAACAGGACGCGAGAAGCCUGGCUUUGGCAGAGAGAAACAGGCCACCGACCGGAAGCAACAUCCUAGACUCUCAGCCGGUCCUGCCCACUGCGAGCGAUGGGUAUGUAUGGGGACCUCCUGGGUCACCCCAGUAAUCGCGGUUACUGCUGGCAUUUAGUGGACAGAGCCAGGGUUGCCAACCCGUCCUUGCAGGGGCCAGCGUAGCCCCAGACCUCGUGCAAAUGCCCUGAGCGACAUUCUACGAGCCCUGCGCUCCACCGCUGGGACAGUCUGGGGAAGAGUGGGAUCUAGAGCCAAACUGGCAAGCUUCAAAUCUCCGCUCUACCACUUGCGAAUUAGGUGAGCCUGGGGCAGUGUCUCUGCCACCGUUUCCCUCCAGGAUUCCGAGUGCCGUCAGGACCCUUGGCUGUUGGGGUUGCCUCACCACUAGAGGGCGCGUCUGUCCUACUCCUUGUGGCCUGUGGCUGUCAGGGCGACCGAAAGCCCCAGCGCCUCUUUAGUCUUUGGUCUGUCAGAGACCCUGUGGAGGCUGGACAGCGAUGGCCACCUCCCCUUCUCCCGGAAUGUGUCACCUUCCCUCUGAGAGAGCCUUGUCUGCUGCUAGUAACCCUAUCCUGCCAGGAGGAUUUUUUUAUUACUUAACCACUUCCCCUGCCCACACCUGUUCCCCACGGCCAGGAGGACUCACGAUAAUCUUCACUUGUGUGGCACACUUGCUGGGUACAAGACACGCUGGCACGUUUCACAUGGACUGACUUGCCCCUCACCUCUACCCUCUGAAGUGACAGCUGCUAUUAAGUCCAUUUCACAGGAAGGUCUGAGACCAAACUGGGAAGUCAUUCGCCAAGGUCAGAUAGCUUGAGAAGUGGCAGAUUGGGGACAUGGAGUCAGGCCAUCAGACUCCGAAGCAUUGAUUUCCUCAUGAUGCCCGCCUCUAUAAAUGGUACCCGAGGGGGCUGGGGAGGCCAUGCCAUUCAGCAGGGAAAAACCUUUCCUUCUUGAUCGCACACCUGAGAGUAACAUUGGGUCAUGUGCUCCCAGAAUGUGCGUAUUUAUUUAUAAGUUAUGUACAGGUACUCCCACCAAUCUAUUACUAAUAUGGCCUAAAUUAUUCCAUUUUAAACUAAAAAGUUAAUACAAAUAGAGAUUUUUGUUUUCUUGCCUCAUCCUAAUGACUUGUUACCGAACACCUCCUGGGUACAGUGUUUUAGUUUUCUGUUUUGUUUUGUUUAAUGAGAUGGAGUCUGGCUAUGUUGCAAACUGGCCUUGAACUCCAGGACUCAAGUGAUCCUCUAGCCAGGGCGAUGGUCACACCUGUAAUCCCAGCUACUUGGGAAGUGGAGAUCAGGAGGAUCAAGGAUCGAGGCCAGCUUAGGCAUAAAGUUAGUGAGACCUGAUCUCGUUCAACAAGCUGUAAUCUCAGCUACUCGGGAGGCAGUAGGUAGGAAGACUGAGGUCGGAGGCCAGCUCAGGGCAAAGACACGAGACCCUACCUGAAAAAUAGCUAAAGCAAAAAGGUUUGGGGGUGUGGCUUAAGUGAUAGAGCGCCUGCCUAGCAAGUCAGGAAUUCAAAACCCACCACUACCAAAAGAGGAAGAAAAAGAGAGAGAAAGAUCCUCCAGUCUCAGCCCCCUGAGACCUGGAUUUACAGGUGUGCACCACCAUGUGCUGGCUCUGCCUGUGUUUUUUUAAAAAAGGACAGCUCUGAGGUAGAACACUUUCCCAGCACACACAAGGUGCUAGUUUGGUCCCCAGUACCACAGAACAAUAAGUAAAUAGAGCACAGGAAGUCAGACAUGGUGGUACACAACUGUAUUGCCAGCUAUACUGGAGGCUGAGGUUGGAGGAUCUCGAGCACCAGAGUUCAAGGCCAGCCUGCAACAUAGCAAGACUGUCUAUAAACGAAUGAAUAAAUAAGUAAAGAAAAACAAAUACAUAUCUGGGCACCCAUGGCUCACACCUGUAGUCCUUGAUACUUAGAAGGCUCAGAAGGAGGAUCUCUGUUCAAGGCCAGCCCAGGCAAGUAGUUCUAGACACGCCAUCCAAAAUAACCAGAGCAUAAUGGACUGCAGGAGAGCACCUGCUUUGCAAGACUGAAGCCCUGAGUUCAAACCUCAGUCCCACAAAAAAAAAAAAGUAAAAACAAAUAAAAGCACAGGCCCUGAGGUAGCAGAAGCCUGACCCAAUCACUGCCACUUCCAGUGUGAACUUGGACCCUUGCUUUGCUCCUGAGAAGUGAGCGACAGUGAGCGCACCGGCCACACGGGGGCGCUGUGAGGCGCGCUAGUGGUGAAGGGGCUGGAAAUCAGGCAUGAUUGAACCCUGGCUUGACCAUCUUAGGCAAGUCACUGCCUCUCUGGACACUGGGACACUGGUGUGCAGCCCUCGGAGGAGGGCUGUCUCCUGAGGCUUACACAUCCAUAGCCUGACUUCAGAACUCGCCCUCCCACAAGUGGUUCCCAAGAAAAUGUGUCCUGUAAACAUAAAGUCAUGGUUCGGGAUGUCACCAUGACUGCCCGGCACUAGGAAGGCAUGGCCUGAAGGUGGAGAUGUUUUGUUUGCUUUUGGUGGUAGUAGGGUUUGAACUCAGGGCCUCAAGCUUGCUAGGCAGGCACUCUACCACUUGAGACACACUCUCGUCCCGUUUUGCUUUGGGAUAGGGUCUCGCUUUAUGCUCAGGACUUCGCUCCUCCUAUUUGUGCUUCCCUGCAUAGCUGGGCUGACAGGCACAUACCGCCAUGCCCAGCCAGUGGUUGAAAUGGAGUCUGGAGAACGGUUUGCCUAGGCUGGCCUCCAGUCGUGAUUCUCCUGAUCUCUGUCUCCUGAGUAGCUAGGAUGACAGGUGUGAGUCACCAGCUCCCAGCUUGAAAUUAAUUUUUUGUGUUUAAAAAUUCUUGGUGUGAAGGAGCCAGGCUCAAGUGGUGCUGAAAAAAAAAAAAGGAAAUUGUUGGUAUGAAUUCUUUCUUCUCUGUGAUCUCUGACUCUCUCUCUGUCUCUGUCUCUCUCUCUCUCUCUCUCUCUCUCUCUCUCUCUCUCUCUCUCCCUCCUUCCCUUUCUGUUUGUCUCUGGUUUCCUUAAGACAGGGUCUAGCUGUCUUACCUGUGCGGUAGCUGAGGUUAUAGGCGUGCUCUGCUGCACCUUCUGUUGGCAACAUUUCCCAAUGGCUUUAGGCAAUCAUGGUCUAUAGUAGCGACCUUACCUUAGCUUAUCAAAUGCUUCCAGCAAUUUCCUUUAAAUUGAAAGCCAUUAGGGACCUGAGCUCUGAACAGAUUAAUAAUUUCUCUAGUGGGACUAGAGUUUGACUUCAGGGCUUCACACUUGUAAAUCAGGCACUUCUACCCUUUGAGCUACACCUCCAGACUAUUUUGCUCUGGUUAUU